GGUCUGCGUGCUUUGGCGGUACUGCCGCUUCGUCCCGCGGGAGGGCUUUAAAGGCAAGCGUGGUGGUGCGGCUGCUCCACAGCUGCAGCUCUGUGCUCCAGCCUGCCGCCGGGGUAAGCGGUAACGUUUCCCGCGCCCGCGGCCUCCCUGCCCGCGGCGCUUGGCGGCCACAGGCCUGGCUGCGCGAGGCGGGGCCCUGCCCGCCAGCGCCUCUCGCGCCUGAGGGCGAGCGCGGGGCUGAGGCGGGCGGGCGCCGAGCGGAGCUUGGGCGGGCGCGGAGCGGAGCUGGGCUCCUCCGCUGCCUCCGCGGUCGGAACCGCCUCAGCCGCGCCUGGAGAGCGAGGGGCGGACAGGAGGACACUGCCGUGCGAGACCUCUCCCUGGCUGAGAGAGGCCCGGCGAUGCGGAGCGGCUCCGGGCCGAGUCAAGACGCCCAGGCUGGCUGCGGCCCUGCAGCGAUACAGGAUGCUGUUCCCUUUGGUAUUGUGUGCAGUUGUGCUAGUGGGGAGCGGUAAAGCUCCAGAUGAUGAAUGGAUUGACCCCACGGAUAUGCUCAAUUACGAUGCAGCAUCAGGAACAAUGAGGAGACCUUACCAGGCAAACUAUCAUGACUCUGAGGAUAAGAAUACAGAUGGAGUCGGUACUGAAAACCUGUCGAGUUGUUCCAGGGAAUUAGAAUCCUUGCAACAGAAGAUUGAAGAUUGUGAGAAGAGGAAUGCCAAAUCGCACCAGAGCCGCAGCUUUUAUAUUUUUAAGCGAUACUUGAAUAAGAUUUUAAAUGAAGCUGGAAAACUUGGGUUUCCUGAGGAGAAUGUGGACCAUGUCCAUUAUGAUGCUGAGAUCAUCCUUACAAAGCAGACAUACUUGGAGAUCCUCAAGUUUCUCAAUGAGGAAACGUGGCAGUUAGGUGCUAUGGAUGAUGCACUUAGUGAUAUUUUGAUCAAUUUUAAGCCCCAUGAUUAUGAAGCUUGGCACUGGAGAUUUGAAGACACUUUUGGAAUCGAUCUAUAUAAUAUGUUUAUGAUACUCUUGUGUUUAGUGUGUGUUGUGGCUGUAGUAGCUACAGAGCUCUGGACACGUAUUCAUUGGUUCGUUCAGAUAAAACGUGUUAUAAUAAUAAGUUUUCUCAUCAGUUCUGCAUGGAAUUGGGUGUACUUGUAUAAGCAGGCCUUUGCACGGCAUCAAGCGGACAUUGCAAAAAUGGAGCAGUUCGAUAACGUCUGUGCUGAGAAGUUGGACUGGAGGGACAGUCUCAUUGAGUGGCUCACAAGUAAAUGGACAUUGCAGGAUGAUCCCUGUCAGAAGUACUAUGAAACUCUACUAGUAAAUCCUGUUUGGUUGGUUCCACCGACAAAGGCACUGGCAAUCACUAUCACCAACUUUGUAACUGAGCCGUUGAAGCACGUAGGAGAAGGUGUUGGUGAAUUCAUCAAAGCACUCAUGAAGGAGAUACCAUUCAUUUUGCAGAUUCCAGUGCUGAUUAUGAUGACUCUGGCUGUAGUGGCUUUCUUCUAUGGUGCAGGAUCAUCAGUGUCGAUGUUAGGAUACUUGACCUCUCAGCGGAGAAGUCUCCCUCCACCUGACAGUCACCAGGAGAAAAUAGACGUUGGCCCAUAUGAGAGGAGUAAACCAGAUGGCCACUAUCUGCAGGAGAUUCCUUAUGUUUACAGAGUACCCCAUGACAGAGGAGAUGCUUCUGUGAGACCAGGAAAUGGCAGAAGUCCUGACAUCCUUCAGACAGGGCCUGAGCCACACACGCAAGUACAAGAGUCUCGCAAACCAGAACCUGGUAACAGAUGGCACACUGAGCCCAAAGUCUGUAGACUAGAAACUAUCACAGCUGAAAACCUUACUGAAGAACAAGCAUUUGAGCAGCAGAAGCAGGAGACAGGCAAAGCAGAGCAAGAAACUGAAGCAAGUUCUGAUCCUAAUAAGAAGCCUGAAGGGGAAAGUUACACAGUGGAACCACGUGAAGAGAAGAAAACCAAGAUUUCACAUGACUCACGGGAAGGAGACUAAGGAAGCCCCAAGCCCUGCUCUUCAUUAACAUCAGUGGCUUCAAACACAAGAUAUCUCCACUUAGACCAACAGGAAGCUCUCAGGAUUUCCAAGAGUUACCCCAGCAUAGCACAUCCUUAUCAAGCAGAGGAGAAGCAAUUGAAGCCUAGCUGACUGCAGGAAUUACCUGAGGACUGGGGUAGUCCCUGCCAGGUACCUACCAUCCAUACAAUUCACUGCUGCAUGGACUACUUACUGCUGGUGGUGGACAUUUGCCACACAAGCUAUAGAACAGCACUGGCAGCUCUUACUUAAAAGCAAGUAGAUCUUCAUUCAGCAGUUUCCUGCUAAUCAAACCACAGUGAGUAACACAUGAAACUCUUAAUAAUACCCAGAAGAUUUAAAAAAAACUAUUUAAUGGUACAGGUAGGCCUAAGGUUGGAUUUUUAAAGAUAAAAAUCACCUGCAGAAACAGUUUGGAAGAAACAAAGACUAAGUAUUGAAGCUAUUUCUCUCUCUCUUUUAUUAAAAAAAAAAAAGUAUAAAAGCAAACAUCCUUUUUGCAGGGUGAUAAAAAAUAAUCAGGUGUUGUCUAAAAAGAACAAUACGAAUUUAGGUCCUGCACUUGUGGAUUCUGGCUGCAUCACCUCAGCACUGAGAAUUCCUUGUCAGGAAACAAUCUGUAUUAAUAUUCAUAGACUAGAGGGACUAGAUGGGUAUCUCAAGACACUGCUAGAAGCAGCUGCCAGCAGCUCUAGCUAUCACUCAAGAGUGCAGUGCUGCUGCUAUUUAUACCAAAAAAAUCAUUAGAAAGGGGACAAAAGGGUUAAGUGCAGUUCUGUAAAAAAGCAGUGUCUCUUUUUCCUGCAAACAAAUGAUAGCCAAGAUGCUGCUGUACAGUACACACCACACCACCUUCUUCCUUCAGCUAGAACUUGGUUCCUUUAUAGCUGAUGGUAAAUGGACUCUCUGUUCAUCCAUUCUCUUAGCUUGUGAUCGCAAAAUUAGGCUGAAAAAAUCCUCAUCUGGUACAGUUGGUCCCUUUGCAGAUGAUGGAGGAGCACAUCUUUGAUCGUCCAGUCUGGAACCCUAAAAGAGACCAAGCGAUAAAGCUUUAUAGCUACAGGAACAAGUGACCAAUGCACACAAAAAAAUGAAAAGCUUUUGUUUUCAGGUGUAAAGCUCUUACAGGGAUUGAAUGUGUAAACUUGGUGGCAAGUUAAACUUCCCAGAUGAAAUUAUUAGAAGUCUAAAGGUGGCUAAACCAGGACAUGGUAUUGCAUCCAGCUGAUGAGCAGUGGCACUGCAACCUCGCUUCCUCCCAAGCUAACAUUUCUCCUUACCUUGUGGAGAACUCCAUAGCCGAGGUCUUUUCUUCUUGGCCUAAUUGGUAGAGCAUGGUCACUGUAACUGACCACCAGCCAGCUCACUUGUACAUUGCAGUGAAUGAUUAUGUAACAUGAUUGUAAGGAUGAUCACUGUCAUCACUAAACCUUUGAUACUGAAAUCUCCUCUGUGAUAAGACUCCUGCCUUUGUAGACAGGUAAGCUCUUUCUUCUCAUUGUACAUGGGUCUUUUCAUAGCCCCACUCGUUAUCCUUCACUUUGCCAGCAUCUGUUACUUCAAUGGCUAAUGUGAGAUGAAUACCAAAAUGCACGGUUUUUCCAGCAUUAUCCAGUGUCUGGUAGUGGGAAUUUUUGGUUCUUCCUUCUCUGCCCAAUCAAUUUGUGCCAUCAAACAUAGGGAACAAGGUGGCUCUCUUAAAGAACCUGAAUAGAAUGUACAAGUCAAAUCCCCAUCUAAAGUCUGAAUAAGUAGUGUAAAAAAAUCCUUACCUGGCAUUUGACCAAUAUGUCGAAGAAGUCCUCGUCGAGUUCUCUGUUGCUGCUGGCCAUGAGGUGACCCAGGACUGAGUGGCUGUUGUGUUGGUUCAGACGAAGCCCAGGGAGAUUAGUGAAGCUGGCACGUUGGUCAUCCAGGCGGCGGCUCUGCGAGCUGGCCAGCAGGUCAAGAAAUUCAUCUGUGUGGGGUGAGACCACAGAAGUAGAAAAGGCUGGGGAGAAGGAAGGAAAGAGAUUAGCCUGGACAAGAACUCCUUUCCAGAGUAAGUCUGUACACAAAUAGAUUGUACAGCUGGUAUUUGGCAGGAACUGAAAUCGGGUACAGAUUUUAGUUCUGGAAAAUUACAUUUUCUCAUUGUUUUAGGUGGAGUAGAGGGUGUGGUCAUGGAAGCAGCUGAGAAUCUGGUCCUCUCCUGGAAGAAGCACCUCUGAUCAUCCAUCCUGUUGCUCUGGAAUCGGCUCAGUAGAUCAAAAAACCCUUCAUCUGCCAUUGUCUCUCGACUGUUUUUCUGAAGAGGAGAGAAGAGUUAAGGGUAUUUUUAACUCAAGAGGCUCUGGAACUAGGACAACUGCAUCAGUUUCAUUCCAGUAACAUUUGGCAUUUGCAUAGCUGAAAUCCAUUAAAAAACAAUCAUCCAUUUCUGUGCACAAAGAAGUAUCGUAGAAGGAAAUGCCAAUAAUACAACAAGCAUUUUGCAAGGUAAAAUAUGUGAGAAAUGUUCCCUGCUCUGAACAGAAAGAGGGAGUGCCCUGCUUAGUACAGGUGCAGUAACUCCUCCUCAGCCAUCAAGCCACCAAAAACUCAGCUGCCCAUGACAGAAGGAAACAGGAACAGCAAUGAACAGGUUCCAUUAUCUCCUCAGGGCUAUAGUCAAAAGCAGUUCUCCCAGCUAGAUCAAGUGACUCAGUUCCUUUAGUUUUACCUGACUUCUGUCAUGAGUGCAAUAACCUAAAUGAUAUUAAGCAUCUCCUACUGUCUAAAAUAAAAAUAACCCUUUUUUGAUUCAGAGUUUGGGGAAGGAGGGUCUAGAAGAAACUAGGAACAAAAGGUAUCUACGACCUGAACUUCAAGUUUGGAAAACCCAGCAGAGAAAGAAGUGUUCCAGUUUAGGAAAACCUUGAAGAGAAUGGCAAAUUCUGCAUGGGUUUACAGAGCCACAGUGUAAAGCUGAAGUGGACAGCUGCAGGAAUGUGUUCUCCAUAAUUAUGACCAGACAAAUACUAGUAAAAGCUGUGGUCUGCACAGUUCACCAAACCUACCCUCUGAGAGUUGGGAAGUCGAUGCUCAAUGGAGUUGCUGGCAUCCUGCAGGACCUUGGACGUGCUGCCCAUUUUGUACUUUUUGCCUUUCAGUCGGUUUACAAAAUGCAGCUUUGCUGAAGGUUUGGCAACCAGCGGCUUCUGUUUAGCAAGAAUCUCACUGUUCCAGUUCUGAACCUAAAAAAAGAGAGUCAUGAAAUUAAGCCUUCUGAUUCUAAUUACCUGCACUGCUACCUCUUCCUUGCUGCUGCUUUUCCUCCCAGAAGGAAGCAGCUUGUAUCUUACUUAUUCUGGUUGCAGUCUUUUGACUUAUGAUGAAGCUUUUGUUACAGGAAGCAGGUUACUGCUGUUGGUAAUCAGUCUUAAAAAUGGAGCUGUAGUCUAAAACCUAGUUAAUUAAAAUGUGGUCAGGGACUGUAUUUUAUCAAACAUGGUAAAUGCUUCCUUGCUACCUGCAAUGCAGGAAAUGUUCAGGUGAAGGCUAACAUGCAAACACAGCUGGCAUUUUCCACCCAGCAUUCCCACUUGGGAAGAGGAGAAUAAUCCACAGAUCUACAGAGGGUUAGAGCAAAACAAAUCCUCUUUCAACCCUCGGUAUCCAACUGGCCUUCGCUAAACUCCUUGGUACACAGAAUUUCUUAGUAAAGACUGAAAAGGAAGAAGGAGGAGAAGGCCACCACAAAAGCAUUUCACUAAAGAACAGACUGGCUACCUUUAUCAAGUAAGUCACCUUCCAAAAUAAACAGUUACCCUCAAAAUCAACAGCUUUACCUACAGUUCACAAACUCUACAAUAAUUACACAAAGCCCCUUUUUGUGAACAUGAAAACUGGUUGCUGUUUAAAGGCUUAUUUGGGAUCAUGAGAGAGAUUCCAACUCCUAGAAAGCAGUACUGGUGUCUCAUGUUCUGUGUACAUCAAAGACAUUUAUGGAAUGAGUUUUCAGAGUCUCUUAAGUGAAAAGCUAAGCUGCAAUAUUAGGUUAAUACUUUAUUACACUAAAAUGCUUCAUGUGGAUUUUGUAUUUAGGGCACAGACUAUCACAGGCUAUAUAAAUACAAAGAUACAACAGCUAAAUAGAUUGAGGAGACUAAGAGAAUAGAGCUGAUACUGGCCAAAAGCUUAGGGGUUCCCUACUGGGGAAGGACUCUGGACUAAGCAAACAUAGAAUCUUUUAAAGUCAGGCUCCUGAGCAUUGCUGUUAACUUCAGCUGUUCCAACUGCCAAAAUAGGAGCUUUGGGAUGAAGUUUCCUAUUGGAUAAACAAUGGCAGGCUUUGCAUCCCUUGAAGAAACAGGAAUUAGAUACCCUAGUACAGAGCAGACAAUAAGCAUUGUACAACUGACAGCUCAUCAGUGAAAGGCAGACAGAACCUAAAGGAAAUCUCUCAAAGAUCGGUAAGAGGAUUUUAAUUGGAAACUUGCAGCUCCAAGAGAGUUUUUUGAGCCUGGGGAGAAGUUACUUAACUGCUCUGAGUCAGUUUAGGCCUCCUUACUGAACCCCUAACGGCUUGCUGGAAAUGCCAAAGUGUAAAACACAACAAUAUGUAUUUGAAGUGCCCAUAAAAUGACUGCAACCAAAGAAAAAGGUUCAGAACAGCUGAGCAUAGGAACUUCACUCUGAAUCACUGCCAUGCUGCACCUGGAAAAAACACUUUUAAGGAGGGCAUGAAAGGAAUUCCUUGCAUGCACUACAGGACCCCAUUCUUUCCUAUUUGUAAGGAGACUAACGCAAGCUUUCCACACACCACUGCAACUAUUAUACAUAUAAGAUGCUGACUGAUGCCUACAUGAUGAAAGUGUUAGUUGUUUUCUAGAAUUAUUAGACCUGCUUUUACCUGACUCUUAAUUAAAGAGGACAUGAAUGAUAUAUCAGCCCUCUGCUGAGUUCUUUCAAAGUAGAGAACUUGAGACUAUUCCUAACUGGUCCAAGUUAAACCCUUAGAAUCAUUUCAUUGCAACCUCCCCAGCAGAAAAUGAAGGAAGUGCCAACCUUUUCUGGUGUUAAUUUCAUAAGUUCCAUGUUCUCCAUACUGUGGCGGCGUCCUACUCUUGGUCUAGUACCUUCAAAGAAGAAUAAAGUUCAGCUUUUUAUCAUUAA